AUGCCCUACUUAGAGCCAAUACCCACAAGCACAGACAUAUGGGAUGAAACGUGGCAAUUUACAAAUACAGCUGUUUCUUUAAGUGAUGUCUCUAAACCAUCUAAUGCCCUUACAGUGCACCAGCAGGAAGAAAAACCUAUUCAAGAGCCCUGCAAAGUUGAUUUACAUUCUGGUGAUGCUGGUCAGCUCCCUCGUCCAUUGGAGGAAUUUUACAUCUCUCUCAUCAAAUCCAGAGAAUCGCAAGAAAAGGGGGAAAUGCAGCCAUCUACUUCAACAGCAAACCCUUCUGUGUUAGAAGAUGUCUGCCCACAUCCGCUUACAAAACAUCAGGAAAAUAUCUGUACAUCAGAAAUUCUUGUUACACAAAAACCGUGUAAUGAAGUCGCUGCUAGCGCUGUAUGUGGGGAACAAACCUAUUACCAGCAGUCAAGUUACAUGUCUCACCCACUUCUUGGAUUUCAGAAACAUCAUAUCUCUAAGAUUUCAGCCACCAUGGCACUGGGACCUGCUGCUCGGUUAGCCACUGCUGGUAGCCUACUCGGCUGGGUGACUGAAGCAGGCAAAAUAUAACUGAAAAAAUAGGCAGUGAAAUUCUUUGUUUUCGAUAAGUUAUCAAAAAAAAAUUAUGAAAGGAUCAGUAAAAUUUGAUUUAAAAUGAAGUACCUUAUUGUAAAUACAUUUUCUUGUUAUUUCUUGCUGUAAUUCUAUUCCCUGUUCAGGCAGAAGAAGAGUGGUGUUGUCUCCUUAUUAGUUUAAUAAAGAUGAGAUGGACCAUAAAA